AUGAUGGCUUUCAAGGACACCUUAGUUGACAUCCUGGUGAAUAGAGAUCAAAGCAUCGAUCUGCCGCAAACUGGUCCCAUCAAGGACGCUUUCAAGAUUGCUGCUCACUUGGGCGAGUUUAAAUGCCUAAAAAGGCUACAUAUCGAUUUUGCAAAGGAUGUCGCUUUGCACAAAGUUGAUGAGUUGCUUGCAUUAUGCCCCAGCGCCAGCACACUUGAAGAUGUCAAAAUAACAAUGGCCAUCAAGACAGAAGAAGAGACAUUUGAUGAUGAUUACGUGGAUGUGCAUGGCAUCCGCAGACUGCCCAGCGUCAACAAGUUAACAUUGAUCAAUAGGGAACAUCUUUCCAAUCAAGAUAUGGUUUACAUUAUGCACAAGUUUCCAGGACUGACGCAUUUGCACUCUACUACAGAGGGUCAUUAUUUGGAAGAGCCAGAGGUCGGGUGUUAUACCUCAGAGGUUGUCCAGCAAUUUUCUCGCUAUAUAUCAAAUCUCGAUCGGUGUCAUAUCAGUCUGUUCAAGGCAGCCCCUGCGCUCAUACUCGAUGCCAUCAGACAACUGUCAAAAGGCUUCAAAGUAGACGAUCUAUUAGUUUAUGCAAGUGACGAAACUGAUGAUGAAAAAUGCGCCUACCUGAACAUUUUGGAGCCUACUCAAAUGCAACAUAUGUCACACACGGUCUAUCUCAUUUUGCCCACAUUGCACAUUGAUCCACUAAACCAAACUGCACUAGAGGCUUUCGCGCCGCAAGUAAAAAAGCUUCAACUCUAUGGUACAUUGAACCCGAAGAGGACACGCACCAAUGCCACGCCAUUCUCAAAUGUGCAGAUGACCACCAACAAAAUUUUAUCAGAAUCAGCAGAGUACAUUUUAAGCAACUUUUCUCGUCUCAGAAAAUUGUGCCUCUACAAUCUGAUUAUCAGCACUAAAUCAUUCACUGGAACAAUACCUGCCGCGAGACUACAGCUUGAAGAUGUAUACAUCUAUCAAUGCGCCCUGAAUUCAAAAACAUUACGCCAAUUUUCUCGGUAUUUGGACUUUGUCAAGCGAUUCCGUUUGGAAGACGUAUCCUUUUGGAUCAGAGAUGACUUGAGUAUAGUAGAUAAUCAGAAAAAUUACGAGAUAGACAUGCCAUAUACUGCAUUUGGCACCAUUUUUAUGCCAGGAGACAAUCGAGCGGAUUCCAUUCUUGUCAAGAUUUGUACGGAUACAACCACCAACCAUUUCCUCCAUGGCAGCCAUCAUGAUGACAGCUAUGAAUUGACCGAACAGGGCUACAAUGAGAUCGAGUCUUUGGAUAGCAAUGCUCAGAGCAUCCAUGUCAAGUGUCGCCGUUUUACAGCGAUUGAUUUUGGCUGUUGCAAGUUCCCUAUCAGUGAAUGA